GCGCCACGGGAUGCGAACUAUGAAGCGGAGUCACGAUCUGGAGGAGAGACCAAGCACAACCUGAAGCUGUCCGUGACCACCGCACCGUACCCUCGCUUUUGACAUCGGCGGCGGUGGUGUUGGCGGUGGUGGCGGCGGCGGCGGAGUGUGCGUGCCAGUGGGAAAGGUAAGAUGGCGGCGGACGGAGAUGCGGUGAUUCCGGACCAGGAAAAAGUGCGAAUAGUCUCGGAUUUUAUAUUGCACUCGCCGCCGGGCGAGUUUAACGAGGUGUUCAACGACGUGAGGGUCCUGCUGAACAAUGACAACCUGUUGAAGGAGGGCGCGUCCGGAGCCUUCGCUCAGUAUAACAAGGACCAGCUCACGCCUGUUAAGAUAGAAGGAAGUGACCACCCAGCGCUCAUAACAGAACACAAUGACUUGGGUUCUCAGAGGUUUUACGACGCGCGGAGUAAGCAAAGUUUUAAAUAUGAUCACCUGAGAAAGGAGGCGCAAGAUUAUGAAUCUUACGAACCAGAUCCCUUAGCGGAGCCUUGGAGGUCAGCCCUUCAAGAAGAGAUAACGAAUUACACUCAAAGUCAUUACAGACAUGGCGCUUGCUCAGUUUUUGGAAAAUCCCUUGCAGGAAACAUAACGCUAACAGCAUGCAUAGAAGAUCAUCAAUUUCAACCUAAAAAUUUCUGGAACGGCCGCUGGCGUUCAGUGUGGACCGUCAGUUUCACCCCAAGUUCGGGUAACGCUGAACUGAGAGGUAGUCUCAAAGUACAAGUACAUUAUUAUGAGGAUGGAAAUGUACAAUUGGUCAGUAGCAAAGACGUGAAGGAGAGCCUGCCGAUCUCUAAUGAGAAGCAAACGGCAAAGGAUUUGAUACGGUUUGUCGAGGAAUCUGAAAACGAUUAUCAAACGGCAAUUUCCGAGAACUAUCAAACAAUGUCCGACACCACCUUUAAAGCACUGCGAAGGCAAUUACCAGUAAUGCGAACAAAAAUUGACUGGAAUAAAAUUGUGUCGUACAGUAUUGGCAAAGAGCUUAAAAGUCAAUAGAAAUAAAUUUUUUUAUAUUAAAAGAAAUAAUUAAAAAAAGCGCAUUUUGCUGCAUGAGUGAAGUCUGGAGGUGUGAUGUGCAUGGGAGCAAAUUACACUAUUAAAUAAUGUCUGACUAGAGAUAUUCGACUCAUGCAUGCCACUCAAGGUUCCUCUUGACUCCAUAUUGUAUGUUGUUACAAGAAGCAAUAAAACCAGAAGGUCAACAUUUUUGGCGUUGUCAAUUGUAUCAAAAAAUUAAUUAAAAGCAUAAUUUUUUAAAAUCUACAUGAGUUUUUCAUAAAAUAAUGUAAUGUUAAACGGCUUGAUAAACAUUAUUUUUACAAAUAUGCUAAUUCUUGUAAAAUCGAAAAUCAAUAUCCGAUGAUGGAACCUUUGUACAAAUCACGCUGUUUUUUUUUUUCGUUUUGACUAACCAUCUUUCUUAAAAUAAUGUCCAUGAUAUUCGCAUUGUGCAGCAUAGUGCAAGAUAUAAUCUUUGGACAUAAAAGCGAUAAUAAGUAUCAAAGAUAAAUGAUCUAUACACUAUUUAUAAUGGGGUAAUGGGGAUCCUUGUUCUUAUGUUAAGUGAUUGAACUGAAGUUGAAUUUGGUGUGUUGAAUAGCUUGAGAUUGUGAGACACCGAUAGCGAAAAUAAAUUUAAACUAUAAUCAUGUAGUUGUAAUGAGCAGAUAAAGGCAGAUUUUCAAUUGAUAAAAUUUAUAAAUUCCUGCAAACUUUAUCAAGAAUAUAGUAACAUCAGUGAUAUCUUAUAAUUAUUUAUAUUUUUACUUUUAA